UCUCCCCCAGUUGUUAAUUAUCCCACACCCUUCAUACCGAGAGAAAGCCAAUAUAGUCAUAGAGGGAAAAUAAUGGGAGCCUCGAAAGCAAAGAGUUUUGCCACGACCCUUCUAUUUUUCUUAGCCAUCGCAUCCUACACCUCCCCAAGCUCAGCCCUUAGAGACCUUGCCUCCGGAGCUAGCACUGAGUUCAUCAGAACGUCAUGCAGCAAAACGAGCUACCCUCAACUCUGCUUCAGCUCCCUCUCGAGCCACGCUGCCGCCAUCCAGACAAGUCCUCAGAUCCUCGCCUCCACGGCCCUGGACGUGACCCUGAAUGAUGCGUGCUCGGCGUCGGCCAUGAUGGCGAACCUGUCCCGAAGCCAAGGCUUGAAGCCUAGAGAGGCGGCGGCCAUGCAGGACUGCGUGGAGGAGCUGAGCGACGCGGUCGAUGAGCUCAGGAGGUCCAUCGCCGAGAUGAAGGAUACGAAAGGACGAGACUUCGAGCGGAAGAUCAGCGACGUGCAAACUUGGGUGAGCGCCGCCUUGACGGACCAGGACACUUGCUCCGAUGGGUUUGCAGGGAAGUCGAUGGAUGGGAAAGUGAAGACGGUCGUGAGAGCCCGGAUUGUGACUCUUUCUCACCUCACUAGUAAUGCUCUGGCCUUGAUCAAUGCAUACGCCUCUCUUCAUGGAUAGCUACGUUGUAUUGUAUUGCUCCUACUACUGAUGUGUGGCAAACGUGGCACCAUGUACGUUUAGCCGCUGUGAGCUUGAUUCUAAGGUCUUAGGAUAUCAUUAAGUUGAGAUGCUUCUUAAGUAGAAGUACUGAACUUAAGUUCUUCUAAGUUUUCUUUGUUAUAUGGAAUUUGUUUCCGCCAUGUAAACUUUCGUCUUUAAGUGCCUCGAUGAAAUUUCUUUCCCCUUA